AUGGCUUUGUUUGUUGUGAGGGUCGUACUGGUUGUUGUAGUCUUGUUGGUUGUGGAGGAUGCGAGGGUUCUGGUGGUUGUAUUGGUUGUGUUGAUUGCGUUUAUUGUGGAGGUUGUACUGGUUGCGCUGGUUUUUGUGUUUGUGUUGGUCGUGGACGUGGUGUUAGUUGUGAAGGUAAUUAUGCUGGUUAUGGUCGUUGUGCUGGUUUUGACUGAGGAUUGUGCUGAUGGAUUGUGUUAAUUAUGAGGGUUGUUUUUCGGUGUGGUGGGUGGAAGGGUUGUGCCGGUUAUCAGGGUUGUGGCAGUUGUGCGUGUGGCGCUAUAUGAAUCUUAUGCACUUCUUGUAGGAUUCAUGGAUUUUGGUUUCUGUGACUGA